AUGUCCGAACGCGAGUGCUAUGAGACUCGUCCCCGCCGGGGCCCUUCUCGGUGGCGAGACUUUGAGGACUAUCCGGGCCAAUACCCCCACCUCCCUGAGGAAGAUGAGAAAAGGAGGCGGUGGCCUCCGCAGGCGCGGACUGCACGGAUGUCCGGCAACAGCAACUCCUUCGGCCCAACCUUUGGCGCUUUCCCUCCAGCAGAAAGAGCAAGGACACUGUCAAAAGAGAAGCCGAGAUCACAGUCGCCUGAUUGCCAACUCCGACCUGGCGCUAAAGAUAUUACUAUACAUCUUGAACUGGAAGCAGCCUUGGAUGUCAGUCCGGAUAUAGAGCGCUUGUCUCAACUGAACAGAUUAGGUCACUUCAAAGAAGCUGUCAAACUCUUUGACAAACGGCUUGCAGCUCAUGUUGAUUUCUUCCCAGUGGCAGCCGAAUAUGCAGACCUUCUCCUAGAGCAGGGGAGCUUCGGACGUCUCGAAAUAUUUAUUUCGGAUCAACUAGAUGACUCAUUCAUGCAAUAUUCUGAACAUGAGAUUCGGCUGCUAAGACUUCUCAAGUCUCUGACGGAGAUCCACACAAGGGGAGCAUUAAUACCGGCAUUAGAGAUGACUAUGGAGACAAUCGAAAUAUACGCGAGCGAGCCGAGUGAGAUUAAAGAAAAUCCGUUGUGGUCCAAAUUGUCCAAUGGUGUCCAGAUCCAGCUGGUGGAAGCUUGUUUACGCAUUGUCGCAUAUGCGGCCACCCAUUCUACCUACCUGUACAACGAUUCUUUCAAUUUUCUCUUGGAUUGGUCGUUUUCCUUGCCUGGCCAACAUGGCAGGGAGUGCAGUUUCUCCGCACCGCGACUUCUUUUGGCGGAUCAAGGCCCAGUUUAUCGCACGCUUUUGCCAGGAAAUAACACACAGAAACAAAAUUUACCUCGAAUCGGUAACUGGUACCGCUUCUUAGUUCAAGAGGGCUUUUUAUGGGAAUCACACCGUUUAUUACGGAUCAUGGUCCAGUUACUUGGAGAUAGCGAUGGCCAGUAUACGGCCAGUGCAGGCUUUGGGGACCUUGUCGAGCCGAGCGAUGAUAUAUCAAAGGCACCAGACGUGUUUCUUAGAUACGAGGGUGCGUCAAAAGAUGAUGAGCAACUUCUUUUAACAGAACUUGCCAAUGCAUCUCUUCUUGCCGACUUUCUGAAUAUCGAGUCCGGCCCCAAGGCUGUUCUAUCCGUCCAACGCCAAUUUUCCAGGAAGGCACAUUCAGUUGCGACGUCCAUUGUUUUGACGCACCCACAUCUGAUCAACAGUCGAUCAUAUUUGAAUUGGUUGCUCCUUGAGACAGGACAAGGGCGAUGGAUAAGCAACCAAUCCUUUCUCUCUGCAGUCCAGUCAGGACUGAGCUCUAGGAUAUGCUUACUGGAGUCCACCACAGACCCGGUGAACAGGACACGAUCUUUAGGACUGAGAAAAACGGAAAACGCGUCAACCCAAAAUCAACAGCGACAAGCCAAAGAAUCUACCAGUGUCACCGGAAGCAGUCUUGAAAUCGUCUCCUCAGCUGCUCAAGAUCUCGGAGAUUAUGUCAUGCAACAAUCUGCCUUUCAGAGCCUCUUUCAAAAGUCUCGCAGUCCGGAAAGACGCCUCCAGCUACUACAGAACCUGAGUGAACUAAACCAAAAUUCCAUGGAGGAUGCUAUGGGGUAUCUUCAAUGUUUGAUUGAGGAGUAUCUCUUGCUUGAAAAUCUAGAGUUCAGCAACGUUGACGACAAGCGUAUGGAUCUCCACCAUCGCCUUUCCGAGUUCAAUGAAUCCUUCCCUUCUCGUUUUGAUAAUGCUCCCGAGUUGCAUACGGAUUUGGAGCUUUCUUUCUUUGAUAUCCCAUCGCUAGAUUGGCUGAAAAGGAAAGUAUGGUACCAACUGCGGAAGACUAUGUGUCGGGAUGUUAAAGCCGACCUAACGACGUUGAAGCUGAGUCUCAUUGAACGACAUCUUCCGGAACGUUUCCUUUCCUCGUUCGAUAGCAACUUUUUUAUAAUAUGCGGCGGGUGCGGAGUCUGUCUUAGUCCUAAUCACCAAUCGUCUGAGGAGCUCCCAACAAAUACGAAAAAUGGUGGAGUUCCCACCUCUGGCCCCCACUACUUGAAUCAUCCAAAAUAUGCAAGGGGACCUCUUCCUAUUGUCGACCCUAUUCACGGGCAAGUUAACCCAGCAGAUAGCGAUGCGAGGAACUUGGAGAAGUAUAUACGGAGGGGGCAGACCUCGCAGAAACCGAAAAAGGCGUAA